CGCGGGCCGGCCUGGUCUCUAGAGACGGACGAAGAGUCCUUUCCAAUUCGCAGCGAAAACCUUUUUGUUUAUUUGUUUCGAUUUCCUGGCUGUCCUGGAACUCCGUAGACCAGGCUGAACCUAGAGACCCGUCUGCCUAGCUCUUGGAGAAUGAAGAUUUGACUACGAGGCCAUGGCUAACCAUCUGAAGUUCAUUGCCAGGACUGUGAUGGUUCAGGACGGGAAUGUGGAAGGUGCUUACAGGACCCUGAGCAGGAUCCUCAGCAGCGAUGGGCUCAUGGAAGCCAUAAAGCGCCGACGCUUUUAUGAGAAACCCUUUCGCCGCCGCCAGCGGGAGAGCUAUGAAUCAUGUCGAAGAAUCUACAACAUGGAAAUGGCUCGAAAGAUCAACUUCGUGAUGCGAAAGAACCGCGCAGAUCCAUGGCUUGGCUGCUAAUGCCUGUGGUCACAUUAAUCCUCUGUUCAGCUCUUUUCUUUAUCCAAUCCCAAUUUCUGUUAUAUUUUUCACAAUAAACUCAGUCACAGGUGAACAAGGCUUUCCUGUGCAGAAGCUCUCUCA